AUGGACGAGCCUGUCGAAGAGGCUGCAGCCGGCUCCUUGGAAGCUGAAAAUACAGUCUCCUCCCCACCUGCUGAUCAAAUUCAUAAACGGGAAAAUGACAAGCAGGAGAAGCAGGAAGAAGAGGAUGAUCAGGCUAGUGACAGAAUAGCUGGCCAAUCCGAUCAAAAUGAGUCUGGCCAGGAUGAAGCCUUCACAGUUAGUGAAGAUGAUCCCAAAAUACCUGAACACGCCGUGCCGGAAACAUAUGACCAGGCUGAUCUACAAUCAUCUGAGCAGACUGACAACAACAUGUCCAGCCAAGCGGACAGUUCAGGGCACGGACAGACAGACCAGAUAAUUUAUGAAGAGACUGAACAAAACUUGUCCAGCCCAGAUGAGAGAAGAGCCUCUCAGAAUGUCAACCACAGAUUGUCUGGCCAGGUGGACAGGAGAACUUCUCAGCAAACAGACCGCCGAUCAUCUGGCCUUGUAGACAGGAGAACUUCUCAGCAAAGAGACCGCCGAUCAUCUGGCCAGGUGGACAGAAGAACUUCUCAGCAAACAGACCGCCGAUCAUCUGGCCAGGUGGACAGAAGAACUUCUGAGUCCCCUGACUUCCAGUUGCCCAGCCUAACUGAGACAAUCUCUUCUGGGAAGAUAGAUGAGGUACCAUCUGAUGGAAGAGGCUCUGGGCAAAUUGAUCAAGGCGCACCCACCCCAGCUGAAAAGAUAGCCAGUCAGACUGACAACAAACUUCCUGUCCUGUCUGACCAAGGGACUUCUCAACAGAGUGAAGAGCAAGCUACGUACCAGGACAGGAUCUAUGACCAUGAGGAUGAAAAUCAGGCUCACCUCUUAGGAAGCAGAGAGAUUGACCAAAAGGACUUCCGAUCAUACUACAAAACCCUUCGCCAGGCUGAAGAUCGACUUAUUCCCGACAGAAAGGACGACAUAGGAGAUGAUGACAGAAUAGAGCCUUGCACAUUUUCUGAUAGCCAAACAGACCUCAAACCCAAGCUUUCAGCACAGGAAACUGAAAGUUCACCCACUAUCCAACUCUACAACACAGGUGAUAUCAAACCCACCAAUAAUGUCCAAGCAAAGGAACGACCUUCUUAUGAAAAAUUGCCCACUAUCUCAACCAAAGUGUACUAUACCUCCAGCAUGGAAAAAAUCCACGUCCCAGAAAUCAUUCCUGAUGACAUUUUUGAAGCCGAAGAAGGAAUGUCUUCGAAAAGAUACAGUCUGACUUACAGGAAGAGGUUCCCUUCUAUCGUGUAUGAAGAUCCUUACCAAGUCGCGCUCAAGUACAUGGAGGAACACAACAUCCUUCAGAUAUUCCAGCAGAUCACUGAAAACCUAGUCUAUGAGCAGCCACGGGACCCCCUGAGUUCUAUGCUACGUCAGGAAUUCAACGUCUGCCUCUUUGCUCGGGAACAUGCUCACGAGAUUGGGCCACGCUGUGCAUACUGCUCAUCCCUUCUCACUCUGGCGUCCUCUGCCCUGCGUCGCUCACUGGUGACCUCUGAAAUGAGAACGCGACUGGUGAUUCAGAAACGUCGGUCACAGAAGUGGAGUCAUGCUGCAGUACAACCGACGACAGGACAACCGCUGCUGUUCACAGCCGUCAGCAUCAACUCCGUCUCUGCCGCCUCAGAAAACCAGCGUUGUUCACAGCUCAGUGUCAACUCCGUCUCUGCCGCCUCAGGAAAAAAUGGUUUUAGAAGGACCAAGCGAAUACGGGCUUGCUACGACCGGCUGACUCAAGCUGAAAGCAUUUGUACGAGAAGGAAGAGAAUGCCAAGGCGUCACGUGCAGUGA